UUAUUUUAUUUUAUCUGUUAAUAAUUGACACGAUUUUGAGUUAUUUGUGAAAAUAUUUGUGAUGGUUAAGUUGUUAGAGAUGGUGCAUUUAAGUGGCAUCAGCAGAUUCCUCGUAAAUUCUUUAAUUUCUUCAUCUAUUUGUAAAGAUCUAUUCUUUCACGAUUUUAACACUUCCAAAAAAUGUAUCCAUUCACUUCUCCAAUCCAAACCCACAAAAUCCACUAAAUUUUCAACAAAACCUCCCAAAUCAGUGUUAAACAAAGAUAAAAUACAGAACCCAAAUGUUUACACAAGAAACACAGUUUCAAACAUAUAUAGAAUCUUGAAAUAUUCCACAUGGGAAACUGCAAAAGAACAGAUACUAAAAUUGGGUAUUAAAUGGGAUUCUUACACAGUCAAUCAAGUGUUGAAAACACAUCCUCCAAUGGAAAAAGCUUGGAUCUUUUUCAAUUGGGUUUCAGGAUUUCAAGGGUUUAAACAUGAUCAAUUUACGUACACAACAAUGCUUGAUAUUUUUGGAGAAGCUGGUAGGAUUGAGUCUAUGAAUUAUGUAUUUAAACAAAUGCAAGAAAAGGAUAUAAAGAUUGAUACUGUUACUUACACUUCACUUAUGCAUUGGCUUUCAAGAAACGGUGAUGUUGAUGGGGCUAUAAAGAUUUGGGAGGAAAUGAAAGAGAAAGGGCUUUAUCUUACUGUUGUUUCUUAUACUGCUUUUAUGAAGAUUUUGUUUGAUAAUAAGAGAGUUAAGGAGGCUACUAAUAUUUACAAGGAGAUGCUUGAAUGUGGGAUUCCUCCUAAUUGUCAUACCUACACUGUCUUAAUGGAGUAUCUGGUUGUUUCUGGCAAAUGCCAAGAAGCGCUUGAGAUUUUCAAAAAAAUGCAAGAAGCAGGCGUACAACCUGACAAAGCUAUGUGCAAUAUUUUGGUCGAGAGAUGUUGCGAAGCUGGGGAGACGAAGACAAUGACCCCAAUUCUUCAAUACAUGAAAGAAAAUCAUCUUGCUCUUCGUUAUCCUAUCUUUUUAGAAGCACGCAAAAUUCUAAGAAUAGCCGGCGAGUGUGAUGCAGUCCUCAGGCAAGUAAAUCCUCAUUGUGCUGCUGAAUCUAUCAAUAAUGAUGAUUCGUCUGAGUUCACUACAAGUGCUGACAAUGAUCCGAUAGAUAAAGGACUUCUACUGAUUCUCUUGAGAAAACAAAAUCUUGUGGCAGUUGACCAUUUACUUGCCGGGGUACUUGAUAAGAAUAUGGUUUUAGAAUCUUGGAUAGUCUCAACCAUUAUUGAGGUAAACUGUAGUCAAUGUAGAACUGAUAGUGCUUUAAUGGCCUUUGAAUACAGUAUGAGAGUGGGCAUAGACCUUGAGAGAACAGCAUAUCUUGCCUUGAUUGGCAUUAUGAUAAGAUCAAAUACAUCUCUGCGGGUUUUAGAGAUUGUCAAGGAAACGAUUAGGGUUGGGCAUUCUCUUGGACUGUAUUUAAGUGCUCUCUUAAUAUAUAGGCUUGGAUCUGCUAGAAGGCCCAAUUGUGCUGCAAAGAUUUUUGACUUGUUGCCAGAUGAACAGAAGUGCACUGCUACUUAUACUGCCAUGAUUGGUGUAUACUUUUCUGCUGGUAGUGCAGCAAAAGCACUUAAAAUCUAUAAAACUAUGAAAAAGAACAGCAUAAAUCCUUCUUUGGGUACAUAUAAUGUUCUUUUAGCUGGUCUUGAAAAAAGUGGCAGAGUUUGUGAAACAGAUAAUUUCAGAAAGGAAAAGAGGAGCCUGAUGGCUGAUGGUAAUCGUUUGAGCUGUCUCCCUAUGGAGGAGAAGAUAUGUGACCUCCUUUUUGCUGGGAGUUUGGUACCUUGACUAGCUCUUUCGGACCAUAGAAAUCCCGUUGCUAUUGGAACGACCGAGAAAAAUGGUGCUGUUUCUAUUAGUGACAGUCAAAUGGCCAUGAUUUUGACUCUGGAUUGUGGUGGUCCUUUUGCCUAUCUAUGAUGAAGUUUGUCUGCAUCAACCACGAGUAACUUGGAUAUGACAGAAAUGUGUUCUCAAAGUUCCUUUGUGAUGCAGCCUUAUGAUGGAGACCAUGAACCCACACCUUUGACAGCUUUAGGCCGUGCUAUGAUAAGCAUUAGUGGGAUUUUUCGAUGCUUCAGUGCUUUAAACUCGCUAUGGUUCAUCAUGCUGCAUAUUCUGGGAGUUCUUUAACACGUCCACUUGGGAUCUUUAUGUACUACAAUGUGAGUAUACACAGAAUCAGGAUAGUGUAGCCUCAGGGAUGGUAAUCCUCAACUAUAUGUGAGAAAAACAUUCUGUCUUCUCAACAAAUCAUGUCAACUAUAACUUGCAGGAAGAAAAUUAUUCUCAUUUUGGGUUAGUCAACUUGGCUAGGCAUCAGAAGUCAAGAGGUCUUUUGUUCUGCAAAAAUUUUGUUGCUUUAUUGUUCUACUCAUACUUGAUGGAUCGAUACUGGGCAAAGACAUAUCCUUGCAGAGAUCGUAAAAGCAUUCCUUCAAUAAAAUAGGCAUAGCAUUUUGGAUUUUAUAAAUUUAUGGCUUAUAUGCCCUUUUUUUGGCUGUAUACAAUUGAUAGUACACAUACAUUGGAUGAUAGUCCAAUAGGUAGAAGCUCAUAGGAGCACUGUGUAUUUUCUUUUCUCUUUUUCAUUUUUUUUUUUUGGCCAUAGGAGCUCUGUAUAGAUUAUUGUUUGUCUAAUGGAAUUCAUGGAUCGGCACCUAAGAAACCUCAUUUCUGUCUUUUGCUGAGAAUACAUUAGGAAUCUCUUCAGGAACUCUUGUGACAUAGAUAUCCUCAUCAAUAUUUUUAUAAGUUCAUAGUUCUAUCCCUGCUUGGUUAAAGGGGACUAGCAGGAUUGUUAUUCAGGAACAAGAUGAAUAUGCUUGAAUUGGUGUCUGACCAAUUACCUACUGCUCGAGUAUUACAUUAAGACAAUUUGGAAUUGGGAGUGUCCUGAUCUGUUUACUUUUCUUCUAUACAUUCAAGAUCUUGUCCCGGGGGAGCUGAGGCUUCAAACAUCACCUAAUACAACCUGCCUGCCAUGUGAUUUAAGAACACAUUUGAUACCCUUCCAAAUUGAAUUAUCUCUCACAUCUAAACAUUCAUUUUUAUGUUUUCAGUCUGUUUUCAAG